AUGAACCAGAGGAUCUACUCCAAGGAGGUCCCGCAUUCGCAGGCAGGGUGGGCGCUGAAGAAGCCGAGUCGGGCGAAGAAUGUAUUUUCGUGGUGGAUCCAGGAUCUGAUGUUUCUCCAGGCGAUGAAGUCCGUCAUCAACGACGUCCGGAUCAACGUCAUGGGACUCGAGGCCAUGUCUCCCGCCUGGUGGCUGAGCCAGUACAACCGGAUGGGCGUUCCCUGCACGUACCUCUGGUCGCCGCUGCUGCUGCCGAAGCCGACGGACUGGCCGGAUAAUGUAAAUGUCUCGGGGUUCGUCUUCGACGACGCGCCCGAGGGGUACGCGCCGCCUGCGGAGCUGUUGCGGUUCCUGCAGGCCGAGGAGACGCCGCCGGUGUACAUUGGGUUCGGGAGCAUGUCGUUUGCGGACGCGCAGGAGGUCUUUGAGGGCAUCUUUGAGGCGGUGCAGAGGGUCGGCGUCAGGGCCGUUGUGGGCAAGGGGUGGGCGAGCCUGGACACGGAGGAGGUCAGCAAGGGGGCCGGCGGCGAUGACGGGAGGCGGGACAUGUCACACGUCUGCAUCGUCGACGAGGCGCCGCACGCGUGGCUGUUCCCGCGGGUCAGGGCCGUGGUGUGCCACGGCGGGAGCGGGACCACGGCGAUGGCGCUGCGGAGCGGACGGCCCACCCUCGUGGUGCCCGUCGCCGGGGACCAGCCGUUCUGGGGCACAAGGGUGUCUGCUGCCGGGUGCGGGCCCGAGGCCGGGUUUACCAUCGCGGAGAUUACCGGGGAAAAGUUUGAGGAGAGGUUGCGGGAGCUGCUCAAGCCGGAGUAUGCUGCCGCCGCAGAGAGGUUUGCGGAGGAGGUGAGGGGGGAGAGGCCUGGGGAGGAAGUCUGCGUGGACCAGGUCGUGGAGACGUUGAGCGUGUACGAGAGAGAGGGGAGGUGUGUUGUCUAUGACGGACGGCCUGCGGUCUGGAGGACGGCGGGAGGGCAGAAGCUGUCUGCUGUUGCGGCGCACGUUCUCGUCGAAAACGGUAGAGUGAGGAGCGAAGAGCUGAGGGCGUUGGAUCUGGUCAAGUGGCCCGACCUGGUGAGUCCCGGGGAUCCGGUUACUGGGCUGGUUCUGGGGAUUGGGCAGGCUUUCGGGAGUAUUGUGGAGGAUGGGAAAGGAGGGCACUGGGGAAAGCUGGGGCUGCACAUACUGAGAGUGCCCCUGACGAUCGUCGCCGCCCUCACGUUCGGCGUCUUCAACCUCCUCGACUUCAUCCUCUACAAGCUCGCGUCGCCGUUUGAGCCAAAGCUCUACGCGAGCAACCCGCGGCUAUACACAUAUCCCCAGAUGCUCCUCUUCCUCGUCUCCGCCCCAUUUUUCGAGCUCGCAUCCGUCGGUACUCGGCCGCUAGUCUUGGCACGGAAGAAGCGAAGCAUACCGCGCGUGGUCCUGGAGAUACCUCUGGCAAUCAUCAGGACGUUGCUGGCCCUGCUUAAUGUCGUUGCGGGGUUGGUGGGUAUCACGCUGAGGCAUCUCGAGAUUGCUUGUGCGAGGGCAAUGGGCGAGAGGCCGAAGCGGGACGUUGUUGCCGAGGCGAGGGUGAGGCAGGGGGGGGUUGAAGCGGAGGGGCUGAGGACUGAGGGAGCUGAGACGGGGAGGGAUUUGAUUGGGGAUAUUGUUAGUAGGUGGGAUGAAAGGAAGAAGACUUGA